CCGGCAAGUCCUCUCUCCCCUCCUUCUUCUUCAUUAGAAUAACAAAUUUUUUUGUUUAUAACAAAUCGCUGAAGUUCGAUAGAAAUUAAAAUGGGACUUGAAACUGAAAAUGGCGGUUCAGAAUCAGGGAUGAGGAGAAGAGGGUGUUCCUGCAGUAAGGACGAUUUUCUCCCUGAGGAAUCGUUCAGGAGCUGGGGCAACUACGUCAAUGCGCUGAGCCAGACUCCGGCGCGGCUGAGGGAUCGGGUUUUCAGCCGGUCCUUGGAUCAGGUGGAGCUCGCCGCCAAGUCGCGAAGCCAGCACGAGAUGAAGAAGAAUCUUAACUGGUGGGAUCUUAUUUGGUUUGGCAUGGGCGCCGUCAUCGGCGCCGGAAUUUUCGUCCUCACCGGCCAGGAGGCUAACCAACACGCCGGCCCUGCCGUCGUCCUCUCAUACGCCGUCUCCGGCCUCUCCGCCAUGCUUUCUGUCUUCUGCUACACUGAGUUCGCCGUGGAGAUACCAGUUGCAGGUGGUUCAUUUGCCUAUCUAAGAGUUGAACUUGGCGACUUUGUGGCCUUCAUUGCUGCCGGAAACAUACUUCUUGAGUACGUGAUCGCCGGAGCCGCAGUUGCCCGUUCAUGGACUUACUACCUGGCCACUCUUUUCAACAAAGACCCCGAGAGUUUUCUCAUCAAGGCUAAUGCCCUGCAAGAAGGCUAUAAUCUCCUCGACCCAAUCGCCGUAGGAGUCUGUUUAGCCAUCUGCAUCAUCGCAAUCCUCAGCACAAAGGGCUCUUCGCGUCUCAACUACGUCGCUUCCAUUGUUCACAUCGUUGUGAUUCUAUUCAUCAUCAUCUUCGGCCUCAUCAAAUCCGACCCCAAAAACUACACUCCCUUCGCGCCUAAAGGCGCUCGCGGAGUAUUUAAGGCCGCAGCGGUGCUGUUCUUUGCGUAUGUGGGGUUUGAUGCGGUUUCCACCAUGGCUGAGGAGACUAAGAACCCUGCUAGAGAUAUUCCCAUUGGGUUGGUGGGUUCGAUGGUGAUCACGACCACGAUUUACUGCGUCAUGGCGGUGACUUUGUGUUUGAUGCAGCCGUAUACGAGUAUUGACGUGAACGCGCCGUUUUCCGUGGCGUUUAAGGCGGUUGGGUGGUCGUGGGCCCAGUAUUUGGUGGCGUUUGGGGCGUUGAAGGGGAUGACGUCAGUGUUGUUAGUGGGCGCCGUGGGACAGGCGCGGUAUCUGACCCAUAUUGCCCGGACCCACAUGAUGCCGCCCUGGUUUUCCUAUGUUGAUCCUAGGACGGGGACGCCUAUUAAUGCCACGGCGGUUAUGAUGUCGGCCACGGCCGUUAUCGCUUUCUUUACUAAGCUCAACAUUCUGGCCGACCUACUUUCCAUCUCGACGCUCUUCAUUUUCAUGCUCGUGGCCCUCGCUCUUCUAGUCCGUCGAUACUAUGUUUCCGGGGUGACCACGGUGGGGAACCGCAACAAACUCAUUGGGUUUCUGUUACUCAUCUUAUCGUCUUCAAUCGCCACCGCUACUUACUGGGGCGCUAGCACGGGGUGGAUUGCGUACUGCGUUACCGCGCCCGUGUGGUUCUUUUCCACGAUGGGGCUCUGCUACUUCGUUCCCCGCGCGCGUGAGCCGAAGCUUUGGGGCGUUCCGCUGGUGCCGUGGCUUCCGUCUUUGUCGAUUGCUGUAAAUAUUUUUCUCCUUGGAUCAAUAGACAAAAACUCUUUCAAGAGAUUUGGGCUGUGGAGCGGUGGUCUUCUCAUAUACUAUUUCUUCUUCGGCCUCCACGCGUCGUAUGACACCGCGAAGGAGCUGGAAAAGAGCGCAGAGUGGCGGAAGAUUGAAGAGGGAAGUGAAUCCGUCGCGACUGUGGCGCCGGCCGCAAAGCCUGGUGUUGAUGAUGUAGACGCUACCAAUGCCUCUGGAAAUUAGUAUAUAUAUAUUCUCAAACUAUCUAUCAUUUGUGUAUAUGUAGUGUUGUCUUCCAAGUUCCAACCUCUUCCCCUUUCUCCCCAAAGCUCCGCAUUUCCCUUUUCGAUUUAUGUACGAUUUCAAGUAAAGGAGACAACUAAUUAAACUGACCUUGAAGCUUUCAAGGAUUCCUCAAGAUUGUGCUUCGUUGAAAUUCACAAGAGCAGACUUAAGGUAUUAUGUGUGACCAUAUUUGCACCCUCUUUCUUAAGGUAUUAAUGUUAAAAUCAAUAUACUUGAUAGGCUA